UCUGGCCACCAAUUUCCCUCUGAGAGACAUUUAUACAUGUACUUUGAUCGGUACAUAUGGUUGAUCUACGGUGACCUUUCAACUAUUACUCUCGUAUUCGCAGACUGAACUUUUGUGGCUCAGCCACGGCUCCAAAAACACCAAAGCUGACAUGGGUUACGCCAAUACGAAGCCCAGUAGGGCACCUCUGUCGGCACUCUUCAGCGCACCCAUUGUGUACAAAAUCAUUACCAUCCUUUUAGCAUUAUUUCUGUCUUUCUCUGCCUUAUCGUGGUGGUCGAGGCUCGAAAUAAGUCCGACAGACUGGCAACAGGACAAUGCCAACACAACAGAACCCGGGGCUCCAAUUGACGAGGAUCGCCGUUUUGCCUUGAUUAUUCCUUCCACCAAGUCAAGCCCAAAUCUAUGCAAGACGAUCUUCAGUUCGCUCGCCUUGGGCUACCCAAGCCCAGUCAUCAUCAACUGGGGCGUAAACCAUUGGGAUAUUUCACAUUGGAGGCUUGGCAAAAAUCUUCCCAAGAUCAUCGGAUUUGUGAACUACCUUGAUUCCGUUAUGCACCCUAAUGCUACUGCCACAGAGAAGCUAGAGGAAGAUGACAUCGUUCUCAUGGUUGAUGCCUAUGACGUCUGGUUUCAGCUUCCUCCCCAAGUUCUUCUCAGUCGGUACCAUGAGAUCAACAGAAGAGCCAAUGAAAGACUUCGCAAGCAAUGGAACAGGAAGGACGCUCCCAUGCCAAUGAAGCAGACAAUUGUUGUUGCAGGCCAAAAGAGGUGUUAUCCUGAAGACCCGGAGCUUUACGGCGUGGAUCUAAGAUGCGACCUUUGGCCUGAGAGUCCGUUGAGAGAAGAUCUUUAUGGACCAGAGACGGAGAAAAACACAACUUUCUGGCGCAACAACAGGCCGAGAUGGAUCAAUGGCGGUAUGUACAUUGGUCCAGCAGGCGAUAUGAGACGAAUGUUUCGCCGCGCCAAGCAAAAGAUUGAAGCAUUUGUCGGCGAGGCUUUUCCUAUAAGAAGUGAGCAGGGUAUGAUUGGCGACAUCAUAGGUGCGCAGGAAGUCUGGCGCCAAUGGCAAAGAAACAAUUUUGUCAACGUCGAUUUGAAAGAGUUGAUGGAGGAGAAUCUUGAAUUCCACGUGGGAGUCGAUUACGCUCAGGAUAUAUCGGUACAGACUUUCGCCACCGAGAUCAGCUCGGAGAAUAAUAUCUACGACGGAGACUUCGUUUUUCUAGACGAUCAGGAGUCUAUCGAAAUACAGUCUGAUGUCCGAGGGAUAUCGCCAGUGCGGGUGAAGGGCGUCCCGGAUGAUCUCAAGUCGGUCCAAAGCCCGCUGGUCGAGUACGGCAAGAGGGUUGAUUGGGGCGACAUGCCUCUCUACACCGAUUUCUUCACCUCGACAGUGCCGGCGAUGCUGCAUCACAACAAAUUCAAGGGAAGGCGUGCAAGUUGGUGGGACAGGCCAUGGUACCACCAGAAGCUGCGAGGACUUGUCAAAUCCGCCCUGCUUCCGAAAGAAUCCGAUGAGCCUCUGGCCGCCGUUCAGUUGGAGGGCAGCAGGAUCAGAUAUUGGGCGGCGUCAGCCGAAAAGAUAGACAGAUAUCCUCGGAUGGGCAAAAUCAAUGCCAACACGACGGCUUACGACAGGUUUCCGAAUAUGGAUUUGAAUGAGGCUUGUCAGUAUAUUGGUGGCAAGAAGAUUCAUGGCCAUAAAUCGACGUGGGAGGAAGAGGUCUUUCGUGAUGGUGCUGGAGAGUUCAACCCAUAGAUGAUAUAUUGAUGUAACAACCUUCGAGUUCCAUUCGAACUUUUGACCGUAAUCUUGAUUAGGGUCCUGAUGUUAGCAUACUGAGCGAGUUGCGACAAGUUAUAUCUUGUGAGAAAGAUAAAAGCCAGGCGAUGGAUCAACCAAAC